GGCUGGGGGUUCAGAGAAACUUCAGAGAGAUUCCUGCCAUCGGGGGGAGGGGGGAAGCACAUUAGAAAUAUUCAUAAUUAUUAUAGCCGUGGAUCCCCCUCCGAACACGGAAUGAAGCCAGUCUUUCACUGUGAGCGUGGGCCAUCUCCCCUCCCUCUAAUGUAAGUCGAUAACGCGCCCUCAGAGCCAACGAGCGUCUUUAUAUACGAGGGCUCCGUCCCGGCCCCCUCACUGAGCCGGCAGCUGACCCUUCUGGACCAUCCCUCCGUUAUUCCCUUGGGAUCAACGUGUGGGUCUCUGCUUUUCCUUGAUUUGCAGGCAUCAGGGAGACCUUCCCCGACCUCCACUUCAGAGAACUCUCUCUUCCACCUGGACAGCUCAAGAGUCUCUCAACAAUUUGGAGAAUCCAGAGUUGGAAGAGACCGCCAAAGAUGAUCUACACAGAACUGCACCUAAGCUAUCCCAUAGUAGGUUUUGGAUCUUACGUGAUCCUACUCUUCGCACUGAAUUAAUAGCUCUGGCCUACAAGUUGGGUGACCUGGGAGACUGGCUCAUCUAGGGCUUCCACUGACAUAACUAGUGACCCCCAUCGUGUUCACACUCGUCGUUCCCCAAAAGUCAUCCUCUUCUCCACACUCCAGCCAAAGCCUUUGGGCCCCCCUUCAGCUCACUGCCAGCUCAGCUGAUCUACACUCGUUUCCAGAACCCUCCCUCUGGGGGACCUCUAACUGCUCUUCCUCACUGCUCCGACCUGGUGCCGAAGCAUGGAUGGACUGGCGGUGGAUCCCUCAAAUCUGUUCUUCAACACCUCCCUGGAAACCUCAGAACAAUGCGGCAAAGAAACGGCUCUGGAAAACAUUCUCUUUGCCUCUUUUUAUCUGCUGGACUUCAUCCUCGCCUUCGCGGGCAACACCCUUGCCCUCUGGCUCUUCAUCCGGGACCAAAAGUCGGGUACCCCCGCCAACAUUUUCCUGAUGCACCUCGCCGUCGCCGAUCUGUCCUUCGUGCUGGUACUCCCCACCCGACUGGUCUACCACUUUUCGGGAAACCACUGGCCGUUCGGGGAAAUCCCGUGCCGCCUGACCGGCUUCCUUUUCUACCUCAAUAUGUACGCCAGCAUCUACUUCCUCACCUGCAUUAGUGCGGACCGCUUCCUGGCCAUCGUGCAUCCCGUGAAGUCCAUCAAACUCCGCCGGCCCCUCUACGCCCACCUGGCCUGUGCCUUUCUCUGGGUUAUCGUGGCCGUGGCGAUGGCCCCGCUGCUGGUCAGCGUGCAGACGGCGGAGAUGAACUCCACCACCGUCUGCUUGCAGCUGUACCGGGAAAAGGCCUCCCGCCACGCUCUCGUGUCCUUGGCGGUGGCCUUCACCUUCCCGUUCGUCACCACCGUGACCUGCUACCUGCUGAUUAUCCGGAGUCUGCGGAGCGGCAGUCGGGUGGAGAAGCAUCUCAAGGACAAAGCCAUCAAGAUGAUCGUGAUGGUGCUGAUGAUCUUCCUGAUCUGCUUCGUGCCCUACCACGUCAACCGUUAUAUUUACGUCCUCCAUUACGACGGCACCCAGACGUCCUGUGAGACACAGCGUGUCCUGGCGCUCGGUAACCGCAUCACUUCCUGCCUCACGAGCCUCAACGGUGCCCUUGACCCCGUCAUGUAUUUUUUUGUGGCCGAGAAGUUCCGUGAGGCCUUGUGCAAUUUGCUUUGCGGCAGAAAGGUGGUGAGGCUCCCUCCGAGUUUCGAAGGGAAGACCAAUGAGAGUUCACUGAGUGCUAAGUCAGAACUGUGAAAACCAGGUACAGACCCAAGGUUUUGCCCAGAUUCACAGUCUCCUCCGGACAGGAGACUCGUUUUCCUGGGAAGAGACUUCUCUGAGCCAAAUGCACAUUACUGCUGGGCCAAGGAGGGGGAGUUUAACCUCCUUCCACAACCACGACCGGCAAAAGGCCUGAACUCUCAGCGGAUCACCAAGCACUAAUUCAGAUGCCUUUAACAAUGGCAUUACCGGCCUUGAGCCUGACAACUGAACUUUUGAAAAGGAGAGAUGGACAGAUGCAAUCAAGCUAGGACUUCUCCUUAAAGGAAGAAUCUUUUUUUUUAAUCCCCCUUUUAACUAAUUCUGUCGAACUGUACCCUCCCAACCGCUUAGUACAGUGCUCUGCACAUAAUACGUGCUCAAUAAAUACCACUGAUUGAUUUAACUCUGUUAGCGGUUAGCCUAGUGAUCUCAGCCCAAGAUAAAGUUUUUGUGAAAAUUACAGAACAAUGAAAGUCUUUCUUUACUAAAUGCUUACAGCUAAGGAGAAGAAAGGAAUUUAACUACUUUUGUAGAGGUUAAACAAGGAAGAGCCUGGAAAAUUGCUCAAGUGAGAGUUUGCCUUUACAUUUUUUUUGGAUUUUUGUUUUAUCAUUAAUAACUCUUGCUACAGCGUGUCGCUAACUUAAGCCUGGCUAACAUAGGGACGAGGCCUACGUUUGAUGGCUGAAUGUUGUGACUAGAUAUUAAAACAGACAAGGGUGAAAAGUCCUGAUGAGCACCUCGUGGAUGCAAUCCAAACCAAUAGGAGGUCUCAAAAACAUUUUCCGAGAUUUUUGAAAUGUGAAGGGUCAUUUUUUUUUAUUUGAAACCCACCUCUUUCUAAUCUGACUGAACAAUCAUCAAGAUUCUCAAACUGCUUUCCCGAAGACAGGCCACGUUAUUUUGGGAAAGGUAAAAAGAUGACUAGUAGUCAAAUUUAGAAGGCUGGGAGGGGAAAUAAACUAUUCGAUUGAUUGAUUUGCAUUAAUUACAGAAGCCUACAGUAGAAUUACACAGAUACGCACUUUUCACUCUAGGGAUACAAUUAUUGUGGGAUUAGGUGCUCUGCACACGGUAAGCGCUGAAUAAAUACGAUCUAGUGAAUGAAUCAACAUUAAUACAAACAAUCCUCCACUCUGUAACUCCUUCUUCCAGUUCUCAACGAUUCUCUUUAGAUUAUAAGCCUCAAGUCUGUCUAGAAGCACUCUUUGUCAGGGUGUGAACUGUUUUAUGAUUCACCCUUUUAUUACAGUUAUCUUGUUCUGUGUAGCUGCUUCUACGUAUCAUAAAAGUGAAUAGUUUAAAAAGAC